CCCUCCCUCCCGCUAGCCAGCUCGCUGCUAGCUCCGCUGCUAGCUCCUCCUGCCUCCGUGAUCAGACGCACCGGCUCCAUUCACAUCACGGUGCUGUUGGGAAACCACCCCGCUCUCAGACCCUCUCAGACCCGCUGACGGCUCACAGAAGGGACGCCUCGUGUGUCAAAUAACUGAAGAUGAUUAAGCUCUUUUCCCUGAAGCAGCAGAAGAAAGACGAGGAAUCUGCUGGAGGAAACAGAACCGGAGCCGGGGGCAAGAAAGCCAGCGCGGCCCAGCUCCGAAUACAGAAAGACAUCAAUGAGUUGAACUUACCAAAGACGUGUGAGAUCAACUUCCCCGAUGAUGACGACCUCCUCAACUUCAGACUCAUCAUUUCACCGGACGAGGGUUUUUACAAAGGAGGAAAGUUUGUCUUCAGCUUUAAGGUAGGACAGGGUUACCCCCACGACCCCCCAAAGGUAAAGUGUGAGACGAUGGUGUAUCACCCCAACAUCGACCUGGAGGGCAACGUCUGCCUAAACAUCCUAAGAGAGGACUGGAAGCCCGUGCUGACAAUAAACUCCAUCAUCUACGGCCUACAGUAUCUAUUUCUAGAGCCAAACCCAGAGGACCCGCUGAACAAGGAGGCGGCGGAGGUCCUGCAGACGAACCGGCGGCUCUUCGAGCAGAAUGUCCAUCGCUCCCUGAGGGGCGGCUACGUGGGCGCCACCUACUUUGAGAGAUGUCUUAAAUAACUUAGCGUCCCAUCAUCCUCUGAGCUCCCUCCCAUCCCACCUCCCCCCUCCCACCACCUUCACUACUUCUCCUCCCCCUCCUCCCCGGUCCUGCUCGUUGGCUGAAGCAGGAGCUGCGGCGACAGGAAGCAGCACACCAGAAGACGCUUUUCUGUUUCAAAACAAAAGAAGAAGAACCUCAUCCUCCCCCUCUGCCCUCCUCCCUCCCCUCCCGUUUCUCUCUGUUUAACUUCUGAGACGCAGCAUUGAACCGUCGACACGCCGCCGCGGGACGCCGACACACAACACACACCUGAAUGGACUCAAAAAGAUGGCUGCCAGCAGACGGCCGCCGAUGAUGAUGAUGAUGGACGGGGGAGGGGGAGGGCAGGGUGGUCAGUGAUGGCCAUGAUGCUGGUGAUGACGAUACUCAUGUGAUUUUUUUUUUUUGUUAGUUUUCGAGUUUUUGGCGAGGGAGCCUGACAUCAGACGGGCGGUUAGAAUGGACCCGCCCCCUUGUUGGUUACAUGCAAGUCAACUAGCAGCAAACUACAAACCCUAGCAGCUUUAGUGUUGCAUGGACACUUGUGGGCGGAGCUUGUGACCACCUGUAGGCGGAGCCUUAAAACCAUCUGCUGCACCUGCAGGUGUAAUGAUAAUGUCAGCACAAGGGGAGGGGCUUGUAGGAGAGGGGCCUUAAGCACAUGCUCCAUUUUUUAUUUUUUUUUUCUUCUCCAGCAAAGGGGGAGUGGCUUGUGGGAGUGGGCGGAGUCUGUUAGCAAUGCUAGGAGAUGCUACAUGUUUUUCAUUUUUGUGUGCCUACACUGGAGGGAGGGGCUUGUUACUCCACAGGUGGUGUGGAGGUGGAGCUUGAUUUUAUGUGAGGGGCUUGUUAGUGCCAUUGUGCUUAAGGUGGUCACAUGACGCUCUGCAGGUGUGGCGGGUGGACGAGUUUGGAGUUCGCUGCUAGAUGGAAACAUGAAGACAGGGUUGGUGGGCGGAGCUGUGUGAGAUGGGUGGGGCUGUUAUAGGGUGGGAGGGUUAUGUUUAAAGGCUUGUAGGUCUGGGGGCAGGGUUACAGGGGGAGGGGGGGUCAAUUUUCAU